CGGCUGCUGCCGUUGAUUGGCUGGUGGGGCUGUCACUCUGCCAUCGGGUCGAAGGUGCAGUUCGGCGGAGAAGAAACUUCCGGUGAAGAGACAGUGAACAGGGAGAAUCCGGAAUCCGGUUUGCCAGUCUGUGCCAGUCUCCAAAGAUGAAUGUGGCGAAAGGUGGAUACCGUGUAUUCUCAGCCAACUCCAAUGCAGCCUGCACUGAAUUAGCCAAACGCAUAACCGAACGUCUUGGAGUUGAACUUGGCAAAGCUGUGGUUUACCAGGAACCAAAUCGGGAAACCCGGGUGGAGAUAAAAGAAUCAGUUCGUGGGCAGGAUAUUUUCAUUAUACAGACCAUCUCAAGAGAUGUUAACACGGCUGUGAUGGAAUUACUGAUCAUGGCCUACGCCUGCAAAACUUCAUGUGCCCGGAACAUCAUAGGUGUCAUUCCCUACUUCCCCUACAGCAAGCAAUGUAAGAUGAGAAAAAGGGGCUCCAUUGUGUGUAAGCUACUCGCGUGCAUGCUGGCUAAAGCGGGUUUAACCCACAUUAUCACAAUGGACUUGCAUCAGAAGGAGAUCCAGGGCUUCUUCAACAUUCCUGUUGACAAUCUUCGAGCAUCGCCAUUUCUCCUACAAUACAUCCAGGAUGAGAUUCAUGAUUACAGAAAUGCAAUCAUUGUUGCAAAGUCACCAGCUGCAGCCAAGAGAGCGCAGUCUUACGCAGAGCGAUUACGGUUGGGACUGGCAGUAAUACACGGAGAGGCCCAGUAUGCAGAGUACGAUAUGGUGGAUGGUCGUCACUCGCCGCCAGCUGUGAAGAACACAACAAUACAUUCUGGCCUGGAGUUACCAUCUGUACAUAGGCUGCAAGUUCCGUUUCCUGGCAUUGAGCUUCCAAUGAUGAUGCCAAAAGAGAAGCCACCCAUCACUGUAGUUGGAGAUGUUGGUGGAAGAAUAGCCAUCAUUGUGGAUGACAUUAUUGAUGAUGUUGAUGGUUUUGUAGCAGCUGCUGACAUUUUGAAGGAGCGAGGUGCAUAUAAGAUAUACGUCAUGGCUACACAUGGUCUUCUGUCUGCUGAUGCCCCCUGUUUGAUCGAGGAGUCAGCUAUUAAUGAGGUGGUUGUAACAAACACCAUUCCUCACGAGGUGCAAAAACUACAGUGCCCCAAGAUCAAAACUGUGGAUGUCAGUAUGAUACUGUCUGAAGCCAUCCGCCGCAUCCACAAUGGUGAAUCCAUGUCCUACCUGUUCCGCAACAUCACAGUGGAUGACUAGCCUAUUCCGAGACUCCUCUCUGAAGCUGUAAAGUGUGUAACCAGACUGGUAAUGCAAGUGCAUUAUAGCAGUGCCUUGCACAGCUGUAAUUGUUGAGAGCGCAGUCUGUCUGUGCCUAAAGUGGCUGGGUAUUUACUGUCACUGCUAAAAAAAAUCAUUGUGUGACAAGGGAUGCCCUGAUUUCAAAUCAACAUUUUAAAUAGUUACUGCAUUGUCAUUUCAUUCUGUAAAUAAAGACUGUGCAGUCUGUUGAAAAUCACUGCUCAUGGCUGUUUUAAAGCUGUAUAUUAAUAAACUCCAUGCGGUUUGGUAACACA